ACGCCCGCAGGUAAGGCGCCUGCAGCUCGCUGUGUCUGAUACUUGCAGCUCUUACACUUGCGUGUUUUUUGUUACAGUUGCAUUAUUGCGCAACAAGUUUUCACAAGCUUCGUCACUUCGGGAUUUAUCGCCAUGACUCCGCGGUGAGUCGUUGAAGGUGCAGUUGGACCCCGUCAAUGGAAAACCCCGCAGGAGAGCGUGCACAUAAAAGGUCCAAACUCCUGCAAAUGGAAGCUGAAGGAGAUUCGAGCGAGUUUACCGGCGGACAGACACCGAGACAGAGAGACGCACAGCCGCCCUGACAGACAUGAACACUCUGAUAGCCGUCGCUCUAUUGCACUGCUUCCUGUUUGCAGUUUUGGUUCAAUCAGCUCCCGUCGGCAUGGCGUCCGACCCUCCGCCGGCGUUCAGGGAAGCAGCUGAGCGAGCGAAGACGCUGGUGGAGAAAAUCUUGAGAGACCUCCCCGGCAUGCACACCGCCACCGUCAACACAGAGGGUUUGACCUUUGACCCCUCCACCCAGACCACAAACCUGCAGAUGAUGGUGACCUCACUGGGCAUCCCUGCCGCCCCCGUCCUCAAACCGCUGUCCGAACGCUUCACACUGGACAUGUGUGUGAGUCGUAUGUUGGUGGGCGGUCGGUUGUACCAGGGGCUGCUGGGAGUUUUGUCUGAAAGACUGAGCGGACUGAAGGACCUGCGGGCCGACCUCAGAGACCUGCUGACACACAUCAACAAGAUGAAGGAGGUGGCUCAGCUUGGCGGCGACAGUUUGGAUCAGAACCAGAGUCUGGAUCUGGCCUCUCGUCUCCACGGUAACUACGAGGUCCAGGUGGCGGUCCACCUGACGCUGACGCAGCUCCGUUCCUUCUGUCACGACCUGAUCCGCAGCCUGAGAGCCGUCGCCACCUACAGGCCCCAGUCUGCAGGUGCACGCUAAGCCCCGCCCGCCAGGGGAUGACACAGCGCUGCGUUCAAGGACAAAUGGGAAAAAUCAGCAUCACUUGGACGGAGCUAAAGCCGAUAAAACAAAGAAAGCUGAGGCAUCCGAAGGUUGUGUACCCGCUGGGGGAGGCUGCAGUGCCUCAUGGGAGAAACUUUAUCGAUCAUCCAUCAGUUAUUGACAGUCAAACAAAAUCACGUCUUUUUUUUUCCGUCGGGAGUUGCCGUACAUCAGCAUCACCGACACAUGACGGGAUCAGACCUGUCUUUGUCCUGUCAGGUGUUUCCAUCACAAACCUCCAGGACAAAGUGUAAAGAGACAUUAGACAGCAGAGGAACUCAGCAGCAUCCUGCCGUCGUCAGAGCUUAAAGAACUCAAAUAUUUUGCUUCUGGGGCAACCAGACGCACAACAUAAUAAAAAUUCUAUUUAUUUUUAUAGAGUAGACAAGAAUAAAAUACAAACAAUCCAGUCAUUUAUAAAAAGUGGUGAGAAAUCCUCAGCCGCCCUGUAUCAGUAGUAACAACGGACAUUCAGCCGAAAAGUCCAAAAUAUUUCGAAGUGGACAAAGUAGAAAAAGUUCGGGACAGUAAACUCGGUUCCGUCUCUGAGUUUUAUUUGCCAACGCGUAUAAAGUUCAGAGUUUUUGUCCUCAUAAAUGAAAUCGCAACGCUGUCUCGACCUCAGUCUGUCAGAGCAGGCGUGUUUCGGUCAGUGCGUCCAGUCACUGAACGAAGCUGCCGUCCUGAACUUUUCCUACUCUCGAUAACACAAACAUCCCCUUUCUGAGGACGGAGCGCUCUGCAUGACAGAAGCAGCAGCACUUCUCUUUCACCAUACAACUAGUGCAGAUUUGCUUUAACCUCAAAACAAUUAUUCUUCUGGACUUUGGUGGCUCCGUGAAUUAGAAAACAGGAGAACCAGAAAAAUACUAAAAAACUAUGGACAGGCUAAAGAUGAAGUUAAUGUUUAUGAUAUCUGUGCAGGAAAGACACGAAAACAACUGCGGGCUCGGCGAAAUCAGCAGAACAGAUGUUAUUACCCACAGCUUUGUGGAAACUGCAAACAUGUCAACAAGUCAGGAAACGUUCUACUGAAAGCGGCCGCUGAGUGGAACGUCUUUGUGCAGAGACAACCUUUGGGGAGUCUGCAGGAGGGUGACGUCUGUCCCUUAAGCCUGAGGAUUUAUUUAUUCAUUUAUUUAUUCUGAUGUGUUUGGGCAGCAUGCAACGAGUCUAAACAGAGGACUCUGAGACCACGACGCCCCAGGUCGUCUCUAAACCUGACGUUUUAUCGUGGCAGUCGACUGCUCUGUGAUCAGUUUCCUGCUCAGUAUCUGAGGCUCUGGAUCCGGUCGCCUCAGUCUGAACGUUUCCCCCGAGCUUCUCAUCGGCUCCGCAGCCACCCAGGAGAUAUCCCUGAGUGCUUUGUGUGUCGCAGCUCGUCGGCCUCGUCUCUCAGUCGGAGGAUCAAAGCUCUGCCUCGUGUCUUUCAGAAAACAAUCGGCAGGAAUGUAAAUGAGCCGGACUGGGACUCAAACCCUUUCAGGGAUGAAGAAAGAGAUGCAGGUCUGAACCUGCUCGACUCUCUGAGCACACACCUGGCCUGCUGCUCUCUUUUCUCUUUACAUCUUUCAUCACACGCAGCCUUUCUGUCAAAUUCUGCAGCAUUUUCAAAAGCCGCCAAAGUAAAAGUCCCGAAGCUGCAGGUCGACACAGAAAAACAACUUGCAGACGUUGGAGGAGUUGAAAUCAGAGACUCGGAGACGAACUGCUGCAGUGAAAGAAGAAAGAGACUCCUUGCUUCGCUCUCUUUCCGGUUACUAAACUGUCACCCGCCUGUCGAUUCUGAAACAUUUCAGCUGAAAGUUAGUUUCUUUACUUUCCGCGGCACCAGUAACUGCUGCACGCUCACAUUUUAGGUCACAACAUCAGGAAAAGUCUGAUUUUUUAAGCUCAGAUUGGCUCUUCAGCGUCAGAUCGGUCACAGAUACAACAAAGAUGAUUAUUUCUUCAUUUUCAACAAUCAGAGCUGCAGCGAUGAGGCGGUCGAUCAACGGCUCAGUGGCAACCAAAGGUUCCAGCAGCAGUUUUUAUAAUCGAUGAGUUGUUUGAGCAGAAAAUUGGACUCUGAGAAACAUUUUUCAAUUUUAAUCAUCAGAAGAAUCAAUAAUGAAAUGAAUCGUUGGUUGCAGCUGUAAUCAGAAUUAAAUAUUGUUCUGCAGUCGUAUCAGAGCUGCUCAUUGAAAGGAAUCACUUCCUGCUGCUGCUAUUCCAAAUUAAAGGCUGCUCCGCUGCAAAUCCAAAUGGCAGCUUUGAUUGUGAAGCAGCAACAGGAAACGUGACAUAUUCAUCACAGAGGUUGACUCUGCUUCUGCUUCUGCUGUUCGCUAAAACUUCACGUGAACAGCUUCUGAUCGGAGAUUUAUCAUUUUUAUCAUUUUAUUUAUUAUUGAUAUUUAUUCGGUAUUUAUGGUGAAAUAUUUAUUGCUCUACUGUUUCUGUUAUACGUGUUUGUGUGAAUCAUUUUAUUCUGGAGGUCUUGGUCAAGCGGUUCGUCGACCCUCGGGUCGUGACCUCAUGCGUGGUCGCAGCGGACUGAAAGAAUAGUAUUGAUCUGAUGUAUUUUCAGUAUCAAAGGAGGGACUUUUACAACGGGGUCAAAGGCCAGAGGAGGCUGAGGAACGCUGCUGCGUCUGUUUAAGCUGAAGUGCAGAGAAGGACGAGAGAGGUUUAACAUAAGCAGAGAGAGAGAGAAUCCCAGAGUCCUAAAGGAAGUGAAAAUUUUCUCAGGUUGAGCAAGGUCAGCGAUGACGUCAGAGGCGUGUGCGUGUUUGAACACGAGUAUUUAUGUGUUUCUAUCUCAGAACAGACGUGUUCAGAUGUGAGACUGAAACAGGAAGUCCCUGUUGAAGUAAACCCCAUGGGUGAACGGAUUUCUAUCCUUUAUUUAUUUUUAUUUAUGAAGAAACAGAUUUUUAUUUAACUUCUCUUCACUUUCUUUCCAAUCACGGAGAAGUAUUUAUUGUGUUCACUGUGAUUUCUAAAACCUAAUCAGGAGUCUGUGCUCAUGUACUUUGAUUUCUAUGAUAAUAAAAACAGU